UAGCGCAGGGAAGCAGAUAAAAGAAGACGAAGUUGCAUCUUAUCUGCAACACUCCGUAUCCACUUCGCUGGUAAUAAGAGAAGAGAAGAGAGAGAGAGAGAGAGAGAGGGCGUGGAGAAUGUUAAGUCUCUCAGUUGCUUCUCCUUCUUCUUCAACCAUUUCCUUUCUCCCAAAGCCAUUCAAUGGCAUUCAGCUCCGUCGCUCUGCCACAUGCUCCAUUCCACCCACGAAAUGCAGCGCUUCGGUGCCAGUGGUGAUGAUGUCUAAAAGGACGGAGGAAUUGAAGGAAAUUAGACAAAUGACCACCGAACAAAUUAACGAAGAGGUUGUCGACCUUAAGGGCGAGCUUGUCAUGCUUCGCCUUCAGAAAUCGGCUCGCAACGAGUUCAAGUCCAGCGAAUUCGGUCGCAUGCGCAAGAGGAUUGCUCGCAUGCUUACUGUGAAGCGGGAAAGAGAAAUUGAGGAGGGUAUCAAUAAGAGGUUGUCCAGAAAGCUUGAUAAAAAAUGGAAGAAAAGCAUUGUUGUAAGACCACCUCCAUCUUUAAAGAAGCUCCGGGAGGAAGAAGCAGCAGCAGAAGCUGCAGAAGCUGAAAAAGCUGCAUGAGCUUACACAUAAAUAUGCAAGUUACAGAGUUCAAUGGUUAAAAUUAUUGUUCAGUCAUAAUUUUCUUGUUUAGAUGGAUGUUGUUGUCUCGUGCAUAAUAUAUCUUAAUCGUAGUGAUUUAUGUUUGUUCCUGCCAGAAGGUUCAUUCAUGCCUUUUAUUUUGUGACUAAAGAUACAUGAUUAUCAAAAUCAUGAUUCACAUCCUUCAAAUUAGGUAAAACAUGUUUUUAAAUUCAGAA